GACAAGGAUGAUAAAAUGCAACUGCGCAAUCAGCUCGGUAUUGAAAGUACAAGAUGGCGACAGUCAUAUUGCAGAAGCGGCAGCGUGUGGUGUACUGUAAAAAUGUCGAUCUUACCACAAUUUAACAUAAAGAGGAAGAUACGGAGACUUUUACAUAAAAUGCCUGGGAAAGCGCUAGGAGAAUUCCGAUUUUUACCCAUAUUUUUUGUUAUGGGCGGUCUAUUAGAAUUCGUUAUGAUAAACUGGCAUGUCGGAGAGGUUAACUUUUACAAAACGUAUAAAAGAAGAAGAAUAGAAGAAGCAGUCGAAAAAAGACUGAUGGAAAUAAAUAGAGAAAAUAAUGCCCAAAUAAAUGCCUCUUAGUAAUGCUUUAUACUUUUAUGAAGACUGAUGUAAUUUAUGAAGAUGCAAAAGGUGUAAUUUAUGCAAAAGACAUGUACAAAGUGUAAUAAAUUGUUUCACAAAUGUAUGAACACAAA